UUAGGAUGGUAGUGAAUGCUGGAGAGCUCAUCCCUUAGCUCAAAGCACUGCAGCCACCAUAUGCAGCAAAUACAUACAAGUCUGACACAUAGACAACCAUUAGUUCCAAUUGUAAUUGAACAGACAGGAAGAGGAGAACGUGCAUAUGAUAUUUACUCACGUCUGCUUAAGGAACGCAUCAUCUGUGUCAUGGGACCAAUCUCAGAUGACCUGUCAUCACUUGUGGUAGCACAGUUGUUGUUUCUGCAGUCAGAAAGCAGCAAGAAGCCUGUCCACAUGUAUAUCAACAGCCCUGGAGGUAGUGUCACAGCAGGACUGGGUAUCUAUGACACAAUGCAGUACAUUCUUCCUCCCAUUGCUACAUGGUGUGUUGGUCAGGCAUGCAGCAUGGCAAGUCUGUUGUUGGCAGCUGGUGCCCCUGGAAUGAGACAUGCACUCCCGAAUGCACGCAUCAUGAUUCACCAGCCAUCUGGUGGUGUACAGGGUCAAGCAACAGACAUCCAGAUACAGGCUGAGGAGAUCAUCAAGCUGAAGCGGCAGAUUAAUGGGUUGUACGUGAAGCACACAGGGUUACCACUUGACAAGAUAGAAUCCAGCAUGGAGCGGGACAAGUUCAUGUCUCCAGUUGAUGCAAAAGAGUUUGGCAUCAUAGACAAGAUACUGGACCACCCUCCCAAACAUGGGGAAAAUGUUGAAAGCAAUGAGCAAUGUAGUGUGGCGAGCAACUAGACAUGCAGUGGAAUAUGACUGAAUUUAAAAUUACCUUAAGUUUCCACUUCAUGCAGGAAUUCCCCCAUUUACAUUUGUUGAUGUGUACACAUUCUUUAGUUUCUUUGGUUUAACAUGUUAGUUAACAUUACUAUGGAGCUUACAUGUACAAUGUCUGCUUUUAGCAGUUUGCUAGGUAGAUCCUACUAUUUCUUUUGUUACAAUACCUGUAAUUGGGUAGGUACCACAUAAAAUCAAGGGUUUGGAAAUUCAAGAAAGGAAAGUUGUAUUUAUAACAGGAUGUAAUAAUCUUCUUUUUUUGCUGCUUGUACAAUUUUAGUGUUGUUCAAAAUUUUGUUCCAUAACUUUAAAAUGUGUGUGUGGAUGUGCUGUACACAGAAAUGAAACAUUCUAAACAUUGUUUUCUACAUGUUUAAGGGAAGCAUCCUAUUGUGUCUUAAAACUUUGCAUACCGUGUAGUGUAUUAGAAUAUAGAGUGAACAAACCAACAACUAUUAACUCAAUAAUGGACACUAUUGCCAUAAGCAUUUCGACCUCAAGAGGUCAUCAUCAGUGGCAUCAGGGAAAUUAAUACAUAUAGUCAAAUGGUUCGAGCAAAUUUCAUAAUUAAAAUAAAAGGUAAUUGACAAGAUGACUGCACUAGAUGCAUCUAGUGCAAUCAUCUUGUCAUCUUCUAUUUUAAUAUAA